AUGGCCAAGAUUAAGGCUCGAGACCUUUGCGGCAAGAAGAAGGAGGAUUUGCUGAAACAGUUGGAGGACCUGAAAGUGGAGCUGUUUCAGCUGCACAUUGCUAACGUGGCAGGUGGCACAGCUUCCAAACUCUCCAAGAUCCAAGCUGUUCACAAAUCCAUCGCCUGUGUACUCACCGUCAUUAACCAGACUCAGAAAGAGAACCUCAGGAAGUUCUACAAGGGCAAGAAGUACAAGUCCCUGCAUCUGUGGCCCAAGAAAACGUGUGCCGUGUGCCAUUGGCUCAUCAAGCACGAAGAGAACCUGAAGACUGUAAGAAGGCGGUCAAGGUCUGAGCAUCCAGGCAUCAAU